CAAUAGAAGUCUCAGUGGUGCUCGGGAGGCUCAACUACAGACGGCAGAGAGCGGCGGGUGCAGCAAGGGCCGGAAAGAUGGCGGUCCUGGCACCUUUAUUUGCUCUCUUGUAUUCGGUGCCGAGGCUUUCACGAUGGCUGGCUCGACCUUACUGCCUGCUGUCUGCUCUGCUGUCUGCCGCCUUCCUACUUGUGAGAAAACUGCCGCCGCUCUGUCACGGUUUGCCCACCCAACGCGAAGACGGUAAUCCGUGUGAUUUUGACUGGAGAGAAGUGGAGAUCCUGAUGUUUCUCAGUGCUAUUGUGAUGAUGAAGAACCGCAGAUCUAUCACCGUGGAGCAACAUGUAGGCAACAUCUUCAUGUUUAGUAAAGUGGCCAACACAAUUCUUUUUUUUCGCCUGGAUAUUCGCAUGGGCCUGCUUUAUAUCACACUCUGCAUAGUGUUCCUGAUGACCUGCAAACCUCCUCUGUAUAUGGGCCCUGAGUAUAUCAAGUACUUCAGUGAUAAAACUAUUGAUGAGGAACUGGAGCGGGACAAGAGGGUCACUUGGAUUGUGGAGUUCUUUGCCAAUUGGUCUAAUGACUGCCAAUCGUUUGCUCCUAUCUAUGCUGACCUCUCCCUCAAGUACAACUGUACAGGGCUAAAUUUUGGGAAGGUGGAUGUUGGACGCUACACUGAUGUUAGUACCAGGUACAAAGUGAGUAUAUCACCCCUCACCAAGCAACUCCCUACCCUGAUCCUGUUCCAAGGUGGCAAGGAGGUAAUGCGGCGGCCACAGAUUGACAAGAAAGGACGAGCUGUCUCUUGGACCUUCUCUGAGGAGAAUGUAAUUCGUGAAUUUAACUUGAAUGAACUAUAUCAACGGGCUAAGAAGAUAUCAAAGACUGGAGACAGUAUCCCGGAGGAGCAGAGUGUGGCCCCCGUCCCCACCACAGUGCCAGAUGGGGAAAGCAAGAAGGAUAAAUAAGAUUCCUGCCUCAUUUUUGCUCCCUCUUCUGUCAAUUCCAGGCAUCUUUGAGGCCCUGCUCCAGUGUAACCAUAUGCUCUGCCUGAGGCUGCUGCCUCUUGUUUUCCCUGUUUGGCUGUUGCAGGGUAGGCAGGAUGCUGCUUCUGAUUUUAAAGAAGCAGGCAUAGAAUUGUCAGGUACCCUAGAGGAAGGCCUGCCUUGCUGUGGCCAACUGUUUCCUUAAGGGAGAGAUCUCAUAUGAUGGGGGAGGAAAUGGUUUCCCUCCAAGGUUGGGUCAGUGUGUAAACUGCUGUUCUUCCUUAGACAUCAGCAGUCUGUGGUUUCCUUAUUCCUCUUAGUGGCUCUGCACAGCCUAGAGUAGAUCAAACCUGUUACUUACCUGAGUAUAGAACACUAAGAAUUUUUCCUCAAGGACCCUUGCUUUCCUUAGGCCCUUCUGGCUUGGUCUAUGGCAUUCAUUAAAAAAUACAAGCCUAAAUUUGUUACUGGUCCCAAGGAGAAACCUUUUACCACAGAGUUUUCAUCAUUGAAAACAGUAUUGAAUUAUCCUAUUUUGUAGGGAUCCAGAGGAAAAGGAAUAAAAGCUUGAGACUUUCCUUUGUGUGUUGGGACCUGGAGGAGAAAGCCUGGACUGUCCUUUUCUCCUACCUAGUCCCCACACCUAACCAACAGUUUCUAUAAUAAAAGAGACUGGGAUUUCUUUUGAUUAA